CAAAACCCAAGCGAAACCCCUCCUCCCUCUCCCCCUCCGUCUCCAUCCAUCUCCUCUCGCCGCGCCGCUUCCCCCAUGUCCUCCUCCUCCACCUCCGCGCCCAAACCCUAGCGUUGAACACCUCGUCGAUGGCGGGGGCCGCGACCUCGCGCGACGUGGAGGAGGUCAUCCAGAAGCUCCACUCCGAUCGGGUCAGAACCCGCGAUGAAGGGGUGAAGCUGCUCGGAACAUGGCUGCAGGGUGGCCGCGCUGCCUCCUUCUGCCGUCUUCUCGGCCGCAACACCGUCCGGCUAAAGUCCGGUCACCUCACCGGCGCGGCGACGUGGCCGCUUCUCAUCCUGGCGCUCAUCAACUGCGUCAAGGAGGACAUCUCGGGUAAGAAGCGUGGCGCCCCCAAGAGCGCCGCGGCCAGGAUGCUGCGCGUCGCUCUCCAUUGCGCCGAGGAUGCGACGCUAUCAGGGCAUUCGUUACUGUUGAUCUCAGUUGCUAGGCAACUUUUUAGUCAUAUCUGGGAGGUUGUAAAAGAUGGCUCCAGCUUUCAGUUAGAGUACGGCAUAAUUCUUAGGCAGCUUUUGACCAUUAAGGAGUACCGGUAUCAGAUGAAACCUCGGACAUAUAGCAGUUUUGUUGUUCUCUACAUGAAGAAGGUCGCACUUGGCUUUGAUGCAAAAUUCAGCAAUCAGGAGAGCUCCAAGGAUGAAUCCUUCCGCUGUACAUCGACACUUCAUAUUCUACUUGAAAACCCACCGGGUGAUUACCCUGAUAUCAUGAGGGAGGAUAUUCUUAAUGGAUUUAGUGCAAUCUUCUCACGCAUUAGGGAGGAAGGAAAGCUGACCCGCAAACUUAUGGAAUGCAUCAACACGUUUUUACUGAAGGAUGGGCCAAACCUGGGAUACAAAUCUGUGGAGCUCCACAACACAGUCCAAGAGUUUAUAUUCCGUUCUUGGCUGACGACUCAUGAUGAGGCCUUGAAGAGUUUGUUUAUCACAUAUGCAAAAGUUCAGCUGAAGCUUGCCAGGGCUAUUCCAGAGGUUUUGGAAAAACUUCUUGACAUCAUCAUUAAGGAAUUAGACCAAAAUGUUAACACUGGAGCAGGUUUUUUAUGGUGUGAGGCACCUCGAGAUGAGAAAGCCGGGUCCUUGAGAUGCUUCCAGGAGGAAUGGAUGGAUCUUUCUGCUACUGUUUUCUAUCUGGCCUACAAAUGCACACCUAAGACACCAAACAGGGAGAAAAGGUUGAAGACGGAGCACAUUACAAACCUCAUCAUGGAUGGCCUUUUGAAAGGAUCUCUGUUUUGGAGUGGUUCUAUUUGUUUUCUGAUUCACAAGUAUGGAUAUCGAGUGGACAAAUCUUUGUUGAUUAGUUGGUUUAAAGCAAGUUGCAAAGCUUUGCGAAGUGUCUUGAGCAAUGCCAAUGCCAUACGGUUUCAGGAUUCACUACUUUGGCUUGUCAGGGCACUCAAGGAGUUCUCCACGGUGCUCAUGUUGAAUGCUAAGGAGGAAGCACAAUCUUGUUUAACAAAAGGCGAGAUGUCAGUCGUUGAAGGUUGUUGGCAAGAUGUAUGGAAUUCCCUUAUUCAUGCGCUUCCAUUGUUUAGCACCACUGCUUUAGUUGCUGAUUCAGCUUUGAGUUUGUUGGGUGGAAUGAUCGUUCGGGACCAAGUUCAUACAUCAUUUCUGUCAGAAGAUACAUGGAACUUACAGAUAUUUAAACAAUUGCCAUCACCGUCUGCUUUAUAUUUCAUUGCUUGUUACUUCUCAAGGAUAGGAUUUCAGGGUGAUUUAUCCAAUUCUAUCUUUGUUCGGAAGAAUCUGUUAAGAUCAACUUUGGAGUUAGUUCAUUCAAAGGAAUUCACUCUUUUGAAUGAGCAAAAUGUUGUUAUCAUUCCUGAAGCGAUUUUUUCACUGUGUGCUGGUUUUUCGUCAUCAGCAAUUAAUUCAGCAGAUACAUCACAACUAUUUGGUGAUUAUAAAUUUUUUUCGAAGAUGUCACUUGAGGACGAGAACUGGGUUCUCAAAGACGUACUGCACUACUCUGUGGAAGCUAUAUCAGAAAUCAAUCUUGAAAGUGCUACCAAGGUUAUGUCUGAUAAAUGCCACCGCAUACACCUCCCUGGGACUAUCCAGCAACCAAUGCUCCUCGAGCUCAUGGAAUUCACUAAAGGAUUUGUGGCCUCAAAUGAGCAAUUCGAGAAAGUGGACUUAUCUAAUCUUGUAUAUCUUUGCUCUCUUCUUUGCAAUCUGAUUCAUUGUGCACUGUUAUCGAGGGCCAUAGAAGGAAAAUCUUCACUUCUACAUGAAGUAUUAGAUUACGUCAUCAAUAUUCUAAAGUAUAUUGUGUCAGUUGUUAUGAAGAAGCAUGAUGAACUUUCUUAUGGUCUUACUAACUCAAGUUCAGCAUUUGAUACAACGGGCUCCGUUUUAUCCUCAUUCCAGAGCUUCUUGUCUUCUCCAAUAUUUAAUAUGCUGAGAGUUGAUAACAGAAUUAGUUGUGUGCUUAUCAAAGGCAUUACUGACUUACUUGAUGAACUCCUGGUGGCGAUCUCUCAGCUGUUUUCUCGGCUCUCUAUUUUAAUGAACAAUUUUGAUGUAGAGAAUGCUGGUAAAGUGUUGCCAAUAUCUUGUGUCAACUCAGAGGACCUAAAUCCUAUUGUUGACUCCAAAAGUAGUGUUGCUGAUAUGGAUCUUGAUGUGAUGGACUCUGGUGAAGUAGAUUCUGUCACAGCUAAUGCAAGUGGAAGUAUGGGUAGCUUCUUACGACCUUUGGAGUGGAAGCUAGAACUAGUUUCCGUUAUUUCAACUUUUUUCUCAGUGUCAUCACUUCGUACAUGGGAAAUCUUGUACAGCUUGGUGGAGAAAGAAAGUGAUGUAAAGAUUCGUCAGGCCAUCUUGCUUAAGCUUUGCAGAAAUAUUUCAGCUUCAUCUAAACCUGUAUCAUCCGUGGUCCAUCUGCUAAUUGAUAUGAGGGACAGAGGUGCAUGUUCAUUACUUAGCUCUGCAGAAUGCGUAGCUCAUGUCCAUGCUUUGUUAAGAACAUUGAUAGCUAUCUGCAAUGGUGGACAAGAUACUGAUGGAAAGCCACAAGGAUGCAAAUUGGUUUUAAGUGAGAACCAGGAUAUCCUAUUAGACUUGGUAAAUAAGGCUACUGAGAUCAGUUUCGCAGAUUGGAGUUGCCGCAUCAAGCUGAUUGAUUGUGUCUGCUCCUUUAUUUACCUGUUCCCCGAUGUUGCCCAGGAUUUGAUCGGAUGUUUACUUGACAUGCUGCAUGACACUGAUUAUCGUGUCAGGUUGUAUUUGGCUAGGGAAAUUGUUGUAUUAUUCCAAACAUGGGAAGGGCAUAAGGAAUUGUUUCAUGAUGUUUGCUCAAAUAUUGGUGCCAAGAUGGUACAGUUCUUGAAUAACACUCCAGUUAAAGCUAGAGAAGUCUUAGCUGUUGGUCCACAAUCUGUUCCUGUUAUUGAAACUGCCCUCAGUACACUAGCUCAUUUGGCUGUGCAUAGCGAGGAUGUUGAAGUUGAGUGUGUGUUCAUGAUUUCUGCUGCUGCUGCUAUAGAGCCUUCUCAGCGAGAAUUAGCUUAUGCUUUAUUUGACUCAAUAUCAAGGAGGCUCGGUUAUGCUUCACGAAGCAAGUAUCUGGACCAACUGAUGGGUCCAAUUCUUUUUCGGUGGGUUGCUUGUGACAUGAGUCUAGUUUCACUUGUUGAGAUGCAAGAAAUGUUUGGUUAUAGGUCAGCUGAGCCAAAGAACUUUGUUGAACAUUGCUGCUCAUGGCUUCUCUCUUUCCUUAUUCUCAGGGGUGAUGCAGCUGACCUUAAUUGGACAUCAAAGAUUUUGUCGCAACCUUUGUCUGUCAUUAUCAAGAGGUACUUCGUUCCAAUCUUUGGAUUGUCCAUUGCCACCAGAUGUGGCACAGGGCCAGAGAAGGACUCAGCAGAAACUGUCCUGUAUGAAUCACUUUUGCAGCUUGGUGAAAUUUCUGAGUUUGAGCGUGAUGAUCUCAUUAAAAGACAUAUGGUUUCCAUCGUUGCCUUUUUGCUCUCAGUUUCAUCAUCUGCUCGUGGACCACAAAUCCCAUAUUUUAGCAAGGAAGUCGUUGCUCUCUCAGUCAAAACGGUUGUUGAUGGAUUUGUGGACACAAUGGAUGAUGAUUUGGCUGACACAGUUGUUAUUGAUAAAAUAAAUAUAUUCCGCGCUGACAGAGUUUUCAAGUUCCUAUUGGCAAUACAUCAGCAAGUUGAAGAUGCUAGCCAUCCUAGGCACAUGGGUCAUCGGCUUUGUGCAAUUGAUGUUCUGAUAGAUGUACUUGGACACAGAGUGGUUCUUGAGAGCACUUGCUUCUAUAUUAUUUGUAUACUGGGGAACUAUAUCCAGCGGAAACCAUUGCAAGACCAAUGCUGUAAUAUUUUGUCCAAGUUAUUGGCUGCUUUCGAUGGAAACUCCUCUGCAGACACUGUCACAGUGCUGGGCAGGCAGCUUCAGCUUGUAGUUCCAAAAUUGGUCACUUGUUGCCUAAUUAAUGAGAAAGAAGAAAGAAGUGGUAAUGCAGAUUCAUCAAGAGUUCUUUCUUUGCUUCGUCAAUUGACAGUGGAUGCUGAUCCACUGCUUUAUGAUUACAUAAGAGAGUUAGAACCACUUCCUGAUCUUGAUUGCUUGAAAGAUAUACAGGAGUUCCAUGCUUCACUUUCUGCAUCCUAUGCUUCAAGAGAUCAGUUUUUAAAGUUUGUUAGUAGGGCUCCUUAUUUGCCACCGGAACUAUUUUUGUUGAGUCUUCGUAUGUAUAAAAAGAAGUUAUUAUUGGGAGAAAUCAUCUGUAGAAGCGACUUAUCUGUGGCUGAUGCAGAUAUAAUUAGCUGCUGGUGCAGCGACCCAGAUGUCGUUUCUGCUGUAUGGACUCUUGUUGACCUUUGUAGCUCAUCAUCUGUAGCAAAUGAAGCUUCUUCGGUGCUUGCUGAUUUUAUCUCUAGGGCUGGCAUAUCUGAUGCGCAUCAAGUAAUAUUCCAUUUGCCAACUCUUACUCAAAAGCAUCCCUUACAACUGCAUAGUGGAUCUGCUUCCAAGGAGGAUAAAUUGUGCUCAGACUAUGGUAUUUCUGAUGAUAUCUUGGUUGAGCUUCUAAAACUCUUGAAGACUUAUUUAUCUGAUGAAUCUGUUGAAAUAAUAGAUGUUACUUCACAAACAUUGAAGGGAGUCCUGUCUACAUCAAGGGGGCUCAAUGCUCUGCAGUGUCUUGAUCCUCUUGAUAGGUCUUUACUGAUGGUUCACUCAAGAGGCAUAAACAUUCAGGUAGUUGAACAGACAAUUUUGGGAAUGGAAAAGUAUUCUGGUGUUUCACUUGAAGAUUCAGAUAUGUGGCAAACUGAUGGUCGAACUUAUGAGCAAUGGGUGUGCACCCUAGUGAGCUCACUCAUUUGUCAUUGUGAUGACAUCAUCUUGAGACUUUGUAGGAGUCUUGUUUUUCUCAAAGUUAAGGCUGCUGAGCUUUUACUUGCAAGUGCUCUUGUGAACAUUGCUGGUAAUGUUGAUUCUAAUGCUGCCAUCUGCAGAUUAAUUUCAACAAAGGUCGAGAAAAUAAUUUUUUCCGACUCCAAUCAUUUGAUGAAGUCAAUUCAUCUGUUUUUGGAUGCACUGAAUGUUGUCAGAUCUUUUUAUGUUGCUGAAAAAGCCAGAACUUGUCCUCCUAAUUCUCUCAAGGAUGGUAGAUCUGUUAGAUCAAAAAGUCGAUCACCAACAACAACUCCAUCAUCGUUCUGGAAGAAGGUAUACUGGCUUUCAGUUGAUUAUCUUGUUGCUGCCAGAGCUGCUACUCGUUGCUCAUGUGACUUCGCUGCACUAAUGUAUGUUGAACUUUGGUGUGAGGAACAAUUCAAUAGGCUGGCAUUAGGACCUCCAGAUUUUUCACAUGAAGAGUCGUUGCCACCACAUAUUGGUCUGUUAGUUGCUACUUUUACUCGCAUAAAUGAGCCAGACAGCAUUUAUGGGAUCACACUGGCCAAUGAGAUAACAUCGCAAAUCAUCAGAUAUGAGCAUGAAGGUGAUUGGAGUAGUGCUCUUGAAUAUUAUGAUUUACUUGUAAGGUCAACACCAAAGGAGCACCUUGGCAAUUUAGCUGGGACAGUUUUGACUGCACCAUCUGUUGUGUCUUCUAAAGCAGAAGAUAAGAUGCUGAACUGGAAAAUGCACAAAGGUCUGAUGAGAUCUUUGCAGAAAACUGGAUGUAGUCAUGUGCUUGAUGUCUACUGUGAAGGCUUAACUCACCAAAAAGGAUGUCUUCAACAAGAUGCGGAGUUUAUUGAUAUACAAUAUGAAGCCGCUUGGAGGGCAGGAAACUGGGAUUUCUCCUUUUUCAUUCCAUAUUCUUCUUGUUCUUCAACCCGCACCCGAAGCUACUCUCUUUUUAAUGAAAAUUUACACAGUUGCUUAAGAGCUCUGCAGAAUGGUGACUCUGAGGAAUUCCAUGUGAAACUUUGUCAAACCAAGAUGGAUCUUGUAUUGACUUUGUCAAAUGCUAGCAAGGAGAGCACAAAAUACAUACAUUCUACCAUCCUUAAAUUACAGAUGCUAGAUCAUGUUACUAUGGUUUGGGACCUACGUUGGAACUUUUUUCCCAAUCAGACGUCAAAAUCUUAUCUUGGAACCAAGGAAUUUUCUCCCGUACCUACUGUACCUACAGGGUUGCAGUUGGAAUUGCUGGAUAAAGAGUGGAACUUCAUUGUGUUCCAAACAGAACAUAACCUUGAUCUUUUUGAACCUUUUCUAGCACUUAGGCGUGCCCUCCUUAAGACUUUAGGUUGUGAAGACCAUCUUGUAGAACAUUUAUUUCAAUCUGCUUCUGCGCUCCGGAAGGGAUUAAGGUUUUCUCUGGCUGCGGCUGCUUUAUAUGAACUCAAAGAACUUUGUUUUCACAGAGAUGAGCGCACUAUGUCAUAUACUUAUUUCCUUUCAAGGCUUGAAGAGGCUAAACUGCUGAGAGCUCAGGGGCAGCAUGAUAUGGCUAUUAGUCUUGGGAAAUACAUUCUACAGAAGCAUCCUGAUAAGAAAGAGAUAUCAGAUGUCUAUCGAUUAGUUGGCAAGUGGUUGGCUGAAACAAGAUCGAGCAACUCAAGAACUAUCAUUGAGGACUACUUAAGACCUUCUGUAGAUCUUACUGAAGUUCAGAAGAGCACAGACAAAAGGCACAUGACCAGGCAGUGUCGAACACAUUUCCAUCUGGCACAUUAUACAUAUAGUUUAUUCAAAAGUUAUGAGGAAAGACUUUCAUCCAAUGAGUGGCAAGCAGCUCUGCGACUAAGGAAAUACAAGACUAGGGAGUUGGAGACACUGAUUAAAAGACUGAAAAGUUCAUCUAAGGGUAUAAAGACUGAUUAUUCAGUAAAAAUCCAAGAGUUGCAGAAACAACUUGCACUAGACAGAGAAGAAGCUGAGAAGAUUCAGGAUGACCGGGACAAUUUCUUAAGUCUAGCACUUCAGGGGUACCAACAUUCUCUCGUUGUUGGUGGUAAAUAUGACCUACAAGUGGUUUUCCGGUUGGUCUCACUGUGGUUUAGUCUUUUCUCAAGGGAGCAAGUCGUGAAAGCAAUGAUUAAAACAACAAAAGAGGUCCAAACCUACAAGUUCAUACCAUUGGUUUAUCAAAUUGCUUCUAGACUUGGAAGCUCCAAAGAUGCUCAGGGGUCAACAAACUUCCAGAUUGCAUUAGCUUCUCUUCUGAAGAAAAUGGCUAUUGAUCAUCCAUAUCAUACAGUAUUUCAGCUUUUGGCUUUAUCAAAUGGUGAUCGUGUCAAAGACAAGCAAAGGAGUAGAAGUUCUUUUGUUGUAGAUAUGGAGAAGAAGCUUGCUGCUGAAAAUCUGUUAAAGGAGCUAUCUUCCUGUCAUAGAGCUUUAAUUUGUCAGAUGAAACAAAUGGUUGAGAUCUACAUUAAGUUAGCUGAACUUGAGACCAAGAAGGAGGACACUAACAAAAAAAUUCCAUUACCCAGGGAGGUCCGCAGCAUUUGUCAGCUUGAACUUGUUCCCGUUGUGACUGCUACCGUUCCAGUUGACCCUAGCUGUUUGUAUGAAGAAGGUUCCUUUCCACAUUUCAGUGGGCUUGUGGACUCUAUUACGAUAAUGAAUGGAAUUAAUGCGCCCAAAGUUAUAGAAUGUUUUGGCUCUGAUGGUAACAAAUACCGCCAACUUGCGAAAUCUGGAAACGAUGACCUGCGACAAGAUGCUGUGAUGGAGCAAUUUUUUAGUUUGGUAAAUACGUUCUUGCAAAAUCAUAGAGAUACUUCUGAAAGAAGAUUGAGAAUCCGUACAUAUAAGGUUGUUCCUUUCACCCCAAGUGCUGGUGUUGUUGAAUGGGUAAAUGGCACUGUUCCACUCGGUGAAUAUCUAUUGGGGAGUACUAGAAGUGGCGGAGCACAUGGACGAUAUGGAACUGGGGACUGGACUUUUCUUCAGUGCAGAGAGUACAUGAUGAGUGAAAAGGACAAGAGGAGGGCAUUUCUUAAAGUCUGUAACAACUUUAGGCCUGUAAUGCAUCACUUCUUUCUUGAGAGAUUCUUGUUGCCCUCAGAUUGGUUCCAAGGCAGACUUGCUUACACAAGAAGUGUGGCGGCAAGCUCCAUGGUAGGAUAUAUCGUGGGACUUGGGGAUCGUCAUUCCAUGAAUAUUCUCAUUGACCAAGACACAGCCGAGGUUGUCCACAUUGAUCUUGGUGUUGCAUUUGAACAGGGUCUCAUGCUUAAAACACCUGAACGGGUUCCAUUUCGGCUGACGAGGGACAUCAUAGAUGGCAUGGGUAUUACUGGCGUUGAAGGGGUGUUUAGAAGAUGUUGUGAGAAAACUCUUUCUGUUAUGAGGGAAAAUAAAGAAGCAUUGCUCACUAUUAUCGAGGUUUUCAUCCAUGAUCCUCUAUAUAAAUGGGCCCUCUCACCACUGAAAGCUUUACAGCGUCAAAAGGAAACAGAUGAUACUGAUUCAUGUUUGGAUGACUCCCAAGAAGCUUAUGAGGGCAACAAGGAUGCAGCUCGUGCUAUACUCCGUGUUAAACAGAAGUUGGACGGAUAUGAAGAUGGCGAGAUGAGAAGUGUGCAGGGCCAGGUCCAACAACUCAUACAGGAUGCUGUAGAUGUUGACCGCUUGUGCCAAAUGUUUCCGGGGUGGGGACCUUGGCUGUAAGCACCAUGGAAAUGUAUGUAAAUUGUGAACAUAGGCAAGAGCGACAAGCAUGACCCAUUGGGAUGCAGGUGUAUGGAUUGUACAGUUAUUCCACUACCCAUAGCUGUUUCAAGGCUUGUGGUCAUUCAAAAGAGGGGUGACCAUCAAACAGGUGCUUGUAUCACUUAUUGGCUCAUCGUUGUGGCAGUAGCUCUCAGCCUCUCACAUUAGCCCAACAUUAGGUCAGUUUGACAAGCCGCCUUCGCUUGAGAGGCAGCGACCUUUUCCCCCGAACAGCUUGUGCCUUCGCUUGAGAGUUUGGCUGCUGUUUUGUUUACUCUGAGAGACUGCAAGCCUUGAGAUUGUCUAUAACUGUUCUAUAAAGGGAUCGUUUUGAUCA